CUCAGGUGAUCGGGUGCGACUGUCAAAUCCCUGUGGCUCUGCCACCUCUCUAGUUUGUACACACAGCCCGGGACAGUUGGAGGUCACCAGCUCAGCUUGAGGAGGGUCCCUCUGUCCCAUCAUGCCAAAGAGGAAAGUGACCUUCCAAGGCGUGGGAGAUGAAGUUGAUGAGGACGAAUUCAGUGUCCCCAAGAAGAAGCUGGUGGACCCUGUGGCUGGGGCAGGGGGUCCUGGGAGCCGUUUCAAAGGCAAACACUCUUUGGACAGCGAUGAGGAGGAUGAUGAUGAGGAGGGAUCCAGCAAAUAUGACAUCCUGGCUUCAGAGGAUGUAGAAGGUCAGGAAGCAGCCACACUUCCCAGCGAGGGGGAUGUGCGGAUCACACCCUUCAACCUACAGGAAGAGAUGGAGGAAGGCCACUUUGAUGCUGAUGGCAACUACUUUCUGAACCGGGAUGCUCAGAUCCGAGACAGCUGGCUGGACAACAUUGACUGGGUGAAGAUUAGGGAGCGGCCACCUGAUCAACGCCAGGCCUCAGACUCAGAGGAAGAGGACAGCCUGGGCCAGACACCAAUGAGUGCCCAAGCCCUUCUGGAGGGACUUCUGGAACUGCUGUUGCCCAGAGAGACAGUAGCUGGGGCACUGAGGCGUUUGGGAGCCCGAGGAGGAAGCAAAGGGGCCAACAAGGGGACUGGGCGGCCCAGUUCCCCCCAGCGCCUGGACCGGCUCUGCGGGUUGGCUGACCAGAUGGUGGCCCGGGGCAACCUUGGCGUAUACCAGGAAACGAGGGAACGGUUGGCCAUGCGCCUGAAGGGGUUGGGGUGCCAGACCCAGGGACCCCCUGAUCCCACGCCCCCACCCUCCCUGGACAUGUUUGCUGAGGAAGUGGCAGAGGAGGAGCUGGAGACCCCAACCCCUACCCAGAGAGGAGAAGCAGAAUCGCAAGGAGAUGGUCUGGUGGACGUGAUGUGGGAGUAUAAGUGGGAGAACACAGGGGAUGCUGAGCUAUAUGGGCCCUUCACCAGCACCCAGAUGCAGACCUGGGUGAGUGAAGGCUACUUCCCAGAUGGUGUUUACUGCCGGAAGCUGGACCCCCCAGGUGGUCAGUUCUACAACUCCAAACGCAUUGACUUUGACCUCUACACCUGAGACUGAGGGCCCAGUUUGGUGAUCCCUUCUUUCCUGGACUUUGUGGAGGAGGUCCCCCUUUCUCAGGCAGUGAGGAUAUUGGAGGCCACUUUUCAGUUAAUGUCCCUUUCCCAAUAAAAGCCUUUAGUUGUAUAAUAGGGCCUUGGCUGUGCUGGUGGCCAGAAGCCAGGGGCCUUCACAGCCCCUUUUGACUUGCCUUGCUCCUUGAGGGUUUCAUCCCAUGAAGUUCCUUCGUGGGAGUUUCUCUCUGGUGUCUUGAGCCACCUCAGCCUUAUUUACUGUGCUUAGAGGCAGAGUAUGGGCUUGUUGGGUGUCCUGUGGCCUCCCCCCUGGAGUCUGUGUGCCAUGUAAAAAUCCUUCUACUCACACAUUAUUCUCCAGUCUUCUCUGGAGGUUUUUGUUUUGCUGUUCUUAGGUUUUUGGCUUUAAGGACUUCAGAUUCUCUGUCCUUGCAGCCACCAGGGCAUAGAGCCCCAGAAGUGGAGAUUUUAAGCCUGGAAGUGUUAGGACAUCUGGAAGGCUUUGGGACCCUGUUUGCGUGAGAAGGAAGCCUCAUACUCACUGGCUCCCCACCCUCUCAAGCUCCCUGGACAUCAGACAGAAGUGGGAUGCCUGUUUUAAGAUCAUCCAAAGUCCCUACAAUUCUGAGAGCCAGUAUCUUCCCUAAUCUGGCUCCUCCUCUAUCCCUUGCCAUGGUCCCCGCAGCCCUUAGGUGAAGUGCAAACUCAAUGUAGGCAUGCGUAGGGUCCUUCAAGGCUACCUGGGCCAACCAUGCAUUGUAUGGGUACAGAGAGGGGCAGUGACUCACCGGAGGUGACACAGUGAAUCAGAGAGCUGGCCCAGACACAGUGGGCUUCUUUCCCAGAUCUUGGCACAAAGUCUUUUCUGCCAGGCCCUUUGAGGCCCUGUAGCUCUCAUUUCCCACUGUGCGCCUGGCAGGGCUGGUGCCUUGAGGAAACUGAGGUACGUGGGCGGGUCUCCUUCCAGGAAUCCAGAGUCUGGUGGAGGGGACAUGGAGACAGUUAUAUUUCUGUAGUCUGGACCUAGCACCCUCCACCCCCACCAGUGCUGCCUUAUGCUGCUCCUUAGACUGAUUUCUUACACUUUCCCACCUUAGCUUCCUGUUGGAAUCUCCUGGGAGCUGUAAAAUCCUCCUCCUUAGAGAUUCUCAUUGAGUUGGUCUAGGUUGCAGCCUGGGCUUUGGUCUUUUAGAAGCUCCCCAGGUGUUGGCAGUGUGUAGCCAGGUUGAGACCCCAUGACUGAGGUACACCCGGGGACAGAGGCCAGUCCUGGACCCUGUGGUGGUGGCAGAGCUGAGCACGUGUGUGGCCAAAUCAGUUACAUUAGUUAUAGGGGGUCUGAGCACCACAGCCGCAGGACACAUGGGAGCCCCAGGGCAGAAGGAGCCAGGGUAGGAACUAGGGAAAGAUAGGGGGCCCAGCCAGGUGGGGGUACUUGAUCUUCUGGCAAUGCCCACUCUAGUGCCAGCCCAGACUGGAAUUUUGUUGCCUCCAAGAAGCCAUCAAUGGUAAGAUACCUUACCUUACAUGUCUCUAAGAAAGAAAACCCCCUGCCAAGUACAGUUGCAAAAUUGAUUAAAAGAUGCAUCUUGAUUUCAGAAAUGUUCACACAUGAAAAGCAGGGGUCUUAGGACCAGUGAGAUACAGUGUUCACUUUUAUAUCCCCUUGUAUCUCUGGGAGUGCUUAGUAUUCAGUGAGUGGAUGGACGCAAGGGUAGUUCCCCCAGGAUGUGCUACAGGCACCUCAGACUGAGCCCACCCAAAGCUGACCUCCCCUCCGCUCAGCCUCCUCCUGAGUUCACCUCACUGGUGCCACCCUGUGGUGGGAAGAGUAUUGGCUCCCAAAGAUGUCCACAUCCUGAACCCCAGAAGCUGUUAAGCUUACCUUACGUGGCAAAAGGAACUUUGCAGGUGGGAUUAAGUAAGAUUUUGAGAUGAGAUUACCCUGAAUUGUUGAGGUGGGCCCAGUGGGAUCACAAGGGCCCUUGAAGUGAAAGGGAGUCGGGAGGGUCACACUGCUGGCUGUGAAGACAGGAAAGGGCAUGUGCCAAGGGUGUGGGUGGCCUGGGGAAGCUAGAAAGUUUCCUCCCCAGAGCCUUGCAGAGAGAUGCAGCCCUGCUGAUGUGACUUUAGCCCAGUAAAAACCAUUUUGGACUUCUGACCUUUAGAUCUGUAAGAUAAUAAAUUUGUGUGGUUUUAAGCCCCUAAA